AGCAACCGCCGAGUCUCUCCGGGCCUCCCGCCGCCCUCGCUAGCCCGGCCCUAGCAACCACGCCCCGCCCCUCCUGUCUUUGGGCCCCAGCAAUUGGCUGACUCUCUCGAUCCGGAUCGAGUAUUGGUCCGCGGGGCAGCGCUCUUGGCGCGUCCCCAUCCUCCCGGGAAGGGAAGAGUGGGUGGGAGAGGCCGGGGAUUGUGGGUCUGCUGGUCCCUGGUCGGAGACUUGGACUUAGCGCUUCUAACUCCGUCUGCGUCCAUCACCAGCCGCAGGUCCCAAGCUGGAGGCGGAAAAAACCAACCGAACAGUUCAACCCUGGACUAGCUGAUCAUGAGCACCAUAAAGGAACAGGCAGCAAUCAGCAGGCUCCUGAGCUUUUUGCAAGAGUGGGACAAUGCCGGCAAAAGCCUGCGCGUUCAUAUCCUCACCAGGUUCAUCGAAAGCAACGAAGGCAAGACUGGCCCUGAGCUGGAGCUGGAGUUCUCCCAGGGAGCCAGCUUGUUCCUCAUACGGCUCACCACCUGGCUUCGAAUCAUCUAUAUGACUGGCUUGGAUUUAGAAAAGAUCCUGAGGUCCAUUGGCAUCUUCUUGUCAGCUGUGAGCAGCAAUCGGUACCUGAUAGAAUUUCUUGAGAUUGGAGGUGUCCUAACUCUGCUGGAAAUACUUGGCCUAGAGAAGAUCAAGGAAGAGGACAAGAAGCAAUCCAUCAAACUACUUCAGAUCAUCGCAAACACUGGCAGGAAGUACAAGGAGCUCAUCUGUGAGAGCUAUGGAGUGAGAGCCAUAGCAGAGUUUCUGGCGAAGUCUAAGUCAGAAGAGACGCAGGAGGAAGUGCAGGUCCUGCUGGAUACCUUGGUUCACGGCAAUCCCAAGUACCAGAACCAGGUGUACAAAGGUCUGAUAGCUCUGCUGCCCUGUGGGUCCCCGAAAGCGCAGCAGCUGGCCCUGCAGACUCUCAGGACGGCCCAGUCAAUCGUUGGAGCGACACACCCCAGCAUCGUAGAGCAUGUGCUGAAGAUUCUGACCACGGUGCACCUGGAAGUCCAGUAUGAAGCCAUCGAGCUGAUAAAGGACCUGAUCCACUACGAUGUGCGCUUGCCUCUGCUCCAGGGCCUCGUGGCACUGCUUAUCCCAUCAGCCAAGGAUACAUCCAAACUGCAGGCCAAGAUCUUCACUGACUCUUCGCUUCUCCAGGUCACAAACCAGCUACCUGUGUUCCUGCAGCAGGCCGCAGCUGCCAAGACCAUUGGGAUCCUGGCACGCAGUGACUUCAGCCUGGCAGAAGACCUACUGCGCUUGCGCGUGGUCCACUGCCUGUUGUCGGCCAUGGGCAACACCGACCACAGCAACAGCCAGAGGCUGGCCAGCCUCACACUGGAGGUGCGCGGUCUGGGGUGGACAUGUGACAUGGGCAGGACACAGGGCAGUCAAGUCGGUGGAUACCCACACUGUCCUGCCACCCCACCCUCUCUGCCGCAGUACUUCGUGCAAAUGUUCUCAGUGGUGGAAGAACAUGUCCGCAAGUCCAUGGGGGAGGAACUCUACCAGCUCUUCAUUAGCAAUGCCGAGCUCUUGUACACAAAAAUGGAUAGCGUUCAGGCGGACAUCUUGGCAGCCAACAAAGUCAAUGUUAGCAGAGAGUUAAUCCUCACUGAAAGCCAAGACUCCAUCAGCUUUUACUUGCGCAUUGGAGGUUCGAAUCAGGUGGAAGAGGACACCCAGUUGGAGAAGCCUAAAUCAGAAUCCCAGGAGUGACAGAGCCCCUGUGGCAAAGCAGGAAGGCCGAGGCUGUGUUUGGGGGAAGAAGCCUGUCAGGCAGGCCCUGGGUGGGAAGCUGGGAGUGGGGCAGAGGGGCGGCCGUUGCCAGAGAAGAGCCUAAUAAAGUC